AUUUAUGUGUAACAACCUAGCAAAAUAUUUGUGAGUUUCAGCAUUUUUUCGACCCCGUUUAUUGUGCCCAAAUGGGCUACGUUGCUGUGGAAAAUUACUCAACGGCAGGCGCAUCGGUGGAUUGAUUAGUGGUUCUUCGAAGGAGGACAGUUUUAUGGGAUUGGUGUGAGGGAAUUACUCUAGAUUGCUGAAAGGUUUUCGCAUAGUAGGAGGGGAUAUAUACAUAAUACACCCGCCCUUGCAGGAUUACUUUGCAGAGAUCUCAAACGUCGAAAGUGAAAGUAGAUUCAGUAGAUUGCGUCGAGGACAAGUGAUGGUGGACUUAAAAUGGUGUCCUCGAAUGCUAGUGGCCCUGCUGUUGGCAGUGGGUGGCGGUCAACAGCCUUCGGAAGGUGCUCAUCUGUCAGGAACGUUUCCGGUAGACGGAUUUUUUCGAUUUUUGAUCAAAUUCGGCUUCCAAAAGACGGAGAAGCAUUCACAGAAAAACACGGAAUCCGAUACGUUCGGAUACAUCUACGGAAACAUUACAUCUGAGUCGAACUUUUCCGUGCCGAUUACGUUGGCAGUGCUUGAUAAGCAUAACUUCCUUGAAUACUAUGCUAAUCGGAACAAUUUUGACCGCGAUUCGGCUUGCCAGCGAAUGUUUGAUAAGCUGGACAAGGUGGCCUUCAAUAGCGGUUGCAAUAAAGCUGCCGAAGCGGACUAUCUCCGCCGGAUUCCCUGCGAGAAGGGAAAACUCUGCGUGGAUGAAGACAGUCCGGCGAACGUUGUAUCCGGCAGCCAGUUUACCUACGUAAUUAGCGAUCCCAACGUACCGAGAUUUUGGUACCUUUCCUUAGUAUCUUGUUAUCAGAACGUUAGUACCUGCCAGUGGCACUAUUACGACUACCGAAAGUUCCACCCAGAACCACCGCAAAUCGAGUACGACAUUCAGCUGGUGAAUGGAAAUCCGAACCGGCAGAGUUUGUCGUUCUUCAACCCGCUGCUGUUUCAUUUCUCUUUCGACCAGCAAAACACACUCGAGAUGUAUUUGAUCUUCUUCGUCAUCUACUUGGUGAUGGUACCGAUGCAGUUGUACGCCGUUCGGUUGCAAAAGCAUCCGGUGACGCGUCUGUUUACUAUCAGCCUUACGCUGGAAUUCAUUAGUGUAUGUCUGCUGUUAACACACACCGUCCGGUAUGCGAUGAAUGGCGUUGGGAACGAGAGUUUGGCCAUUACCGGGGACAUUUUCGACAUCUUCAGCAGGACAUCGUUCAUGUUAAUCUUACUGCUGUUAGCAAAAGGCUGGGCCGUCACGCGACUGCAAAUUUCCGUUAGCAGCUGGAUUUUGCUUAUGGUAAUUUGGAUUCCAUACUGUGCAAUUCACGUACUUCUGUACAUUUGGAAUAGGACUGAGGUCGAUAUCAUAUCGGAUAUCGACGAGUAUCAAACCUGGCCUGGAUGGUUGGUGCUAGCCUGCAGGUCCACUAUGAUGCUGUGGUUCUUGUGGGAGCUGCGAACCACCAUGAAGUACGAACAUUCAACGCAAAAGCUGGACUUUUUGUUACACUUUGGUGCUUCAAGCUUGGUGUGGUUCAUCUAUCUACCCAUCGUUGCUCUAAUUGCGGUUAAUGUUAACCCACUCUGGCGAUAUAAACUUUUAUUGGGAAUAACAAAUUCAGCCGAUUGUCUGGCCUAUUGUGUAAUGAUGGGUCUACUGUGGCCCAACCGGGCCGGACAGUACCUUCUUCUAACGGGUUCCAACUAUGCUGGAAUGGACGAACUGGACGAGUUCAACGAGGCACCGCACGUGGUGCAUCGGGACUCCGGCGUGCUGCAUGUGGACUGCGAUGACGAUUACGUCGAUCACGUCGAUGACGAAAUCGAAACGCUGGUCCUGAGCACCGACGAUCUGCUGAACAAUGGCCACGCGGGCGGCGGUGGUGGUCUGGAUCACAAUCAUCACCACCACCAUCCGCAGCAGGCAAAUGUUGUGACUGGCAGCGCCGGUAGCGGCGGUGGCGGUGGCGGCAGCAAACCUCUGGUGCUAAACGGUCGCAACCGUAACCAUCUGUAAGUAUUGUGCCCCGUGUGGUUAGGUUUAUUUUUCCUUUUUCUAGCAACCAAACAACUAUUAAAAACAAACGACGAAUUUUGUACAUAAUAGUAGCAUUAGGUAUGAUAAUUUUUAAAUGAAUUUUUCGGACUGCAAAUUUAUUGAUUGAUAUUGAGAAUCUUACAAAAAAAAAAAACAAAAUAAAGUACGUAAUAUUUUUAAAUGGAAGAAAUACGAUGAAAACAAGAAAUUGUGCCAUACUGAAAAAAAAAACUUAUUUCACGCUUCUGGCAGUUAGAUGCAGGCAGGUAGAUUGAAGCAGUUUCGUAGCAAAUUUUAGCGCAGCACCAACUGUAACGCUUGUAGUGACGUUGGCUUUUUUAGCCAGGGCGUGAGUUCCAGUAGAGACUUCGUUUUCGGUUCGUCCUCUUUUCUGUGUCGAAAGCCUGUGGGACAGCAAAGGAGCGUAGCAAAAGGGAUGACACAUACUUGACUUCCCAGCUUCCAGUUAGUUAAGGCAAAAAGCGUGUGAUAUAGAAACGAAAAAAAUAGCAAUUAAACUCCCACUAAACAUGAAACACAAAGAGUAAUGAUGUUAUCUGUAUAUAGAGAUUUAUGAUAUACCUAUAGUGUGGCGCAGAAUGCGGAGAGGUUUUUUAGAUUAACGCUACCCAAGUUGUAGCUGCCAAAUCGAUCGAGUAUUUAGAAAAUAGACAGGUAGUUUUAUUAUACUAUACUUAUUGGUCUCGCGAGAAAUCUCUUCUCUGUUAUUAGUGGAGAUAAUUCCGUUUGACAAGUCGCGAAUCUUAGGGUCGACACUUUUACUAAUUUCCUGUUCGGCAGACUUGCAUUUCCUUCUAUCGAUAACCAACGACAGUUUUAGCGAAAGUUUUCUAACGUUACAUUUCAGUAUAAAUCAGCCAGAUAGAUAUAACUUUUUAACUGCAGUGCUAUCUUUUAGUCGAGAGCGAGUCACAUUCUAAAACUCAGCCAAUCACUGAACGAAAAAAGCUUACCAUAACUCACAAAUGCAAUUUAAGUACCUUUAAGCGAAAAGCACGCGAACUCCACUCAGCAAAACUCAAGAACGAACGUACCGGCAGCCGAAUCCAAGCUUUGCUCCCACGUUUAUUCAAAAAAAUGCCACUAUUUUACUGAAUCUACCGUGCUAAACAAAAAAACAAAAGAUAUGAAAGUAAAAAUUAUUUUUAUAACACUUGCGACUUGCACGACAGAGAUUGUAGUUUAUCAGAUAAAAAAGAAUUUUAACCAACAUUGUCAGCAUUAAGCAGCGAACUCAACUGAAUCUAGAACAAAGUAACAAAAAAAUCGCACCAUCAUAUGAAGGGACGACGCAUCUUUACGAAUCGAAACGGACGGGAUAGAUUAGCGUUGUGAUAACUUAUAUACAAGUGUAAGCAAAUUUCUUUUGUGAAUUAACCUGUAAAUACUGCAUACAAACUGUUGUAAAUAAGUGACACAAGUGUGAACACAUUGGGUAUCAUCAGCCUGCAGUGGCUAAUGUCGUUAAUGUUGUGAUUUUAAAGUGACAAAAAAUCAAUUUCGGCGUGCUAAGCAAUACGAACGACACAGAUGUAGCUAACUAUACCCCCCCCCCCCUCUUCUUUGCUAAACACGUACAUAGUUCCAAUUGGUGACAUUUUUUUUACUACAGUAUAUUAGAUGAAUUUCGCCGAAUCAU